UUUGAGCGAGAGGGAGGGCCUGGAAGAGGGAGAACCCCCCCGCCCCACGCCCUUGGAGGAAUGAGAGCUGCGGAAUAGACCGUCUGCCCCCAGAUGGCCCGCUCCAGCUAAGCCCGGGCGCGCUUGGAGCGCGGGGCCGGGCGACAGCCUGCACCAUCAACACCAAUUCCAGCAGUCCGCUUUCGCGAACUGGCCCUCAGCUGUGCAGGAGCUCCAGGCCGCCCGCCCUCCUCGGCCCAGGGCCGUCCGUCAACGUGCGGAUCGCCGUCAGGCUGAGCGUGCGGCCGCCACUCGUGGACGUGCUCGUUCCAGUUGGAUCGCGGCGACCUCUGUAGCUAGAGGCACAGGGAACCGAACUCGCGCCUCCGAGCUCGACUGCGGACGAACCCUGGAGCGGCGCGCUCCCGGCAAGCGGUCGCCGUGAGGCGCGGAGGGAUACGCCUCCGCAGCGCUUCCCCUCCCCUCCCCUCCUCUCCCCGCGCCCCCGCCCCCGCCUCCCUCCCAGCCCGGCUCUGCUGCCGCCGCGGCGGCCGCUGCUGGUGCUGCUGCUGCCGCCGCCGCCGCCGCCGCUGCUGCCUGGAUAUAGUGCGGCAAGGAGCGGAGCUCGCAAUCACUUUGCAAGGAGGAGCGCGCGGGCUGCGGACGGCUGGGGCGCCCAGGGAGCGGCGACGGCUCUAGCAGAGGCGGCCGUGACAGCAGAAGGUUCUCUCUCCGGGACUGGACUGAAUAACUUUGGAACUGUCCACCAGUGUCACGUCCUGAACAUGAGCCUUCUCCUCUCCUUCUACCUGCUCGGGUUGCUUGUCAGUAGCGGGCAAGCUCUUCUUCAAGUGACAAUUUCACUUAGCAAAGUAGAGCUUAGUGUGGGAGAAUCUAAAUUCUUCACAUGUACAGCAGUUGGUGAACCUGAGAGUAUAGACUGGUAUAAUCCUCAAGGAGAGAAGAUAAUUUCAACACAAAGGGUAUCAGUGCAAAAGGAAGGUAUUAGAUCACGAUUAACCAUCUACAACGCAAAUAUAGAAGAUGCAGGGAUAUAUCGUUGUCAAGCAACAGAUGCCAAAGGACAGACACAAGAAGCCACAGUUGUUUUGGAAAUUUACCAAAAACUCACUUUCAGAGAAGUGGUGUCUCCUCAAGAGUUCAAACAAGGAGAGAAUGCAGAAGUGGUUUGCCGAGUCAGCAGUUCGCCUGCACCUGUUGUCAGCUGGUUGCAUCAUAAUGAGGAAGUCACCGCUAUUUCCGACAAUCGGUUUGCUAUCUUAGCCAACAGUAAUCUGCAGAUUCUUAACAUCAAUAAAAGUGAUGAAGGUAUAUACAGGUGUGAAGGAAGAGUGGAGGCUAGGGGAGAAAUUGACUUCCGUGAUAUCAUCGUUAUUGUUAAUGUGCCACCAGCAAUCACAAUGCCUCAGAAAUCCUUUAAUGCCACAGCAGAGAGAGGAGAGGAGAUGACAUUUUCUUGCAGAGCCUCUGGCUCUCCUGAGCCCACCAUUUCCUGGUACAGGAAUGGCAAGUUUAUUGAAGAAAAUGAAAAGUACAUACUGAAAGGAAACAAUAAAGAACUCACUGUCAGGAACAUAAUCAAUAGUGAUGGGGGCCCGUAUGUCUGCAGGGCCGCAAACAAGGCAGGAGAAGAUGAAAAACAGGUACUUCUCCAAGUCUUUGUACAGCCUCACAUAAUACAGCUUAAAAAUGAGACUACAUAUGAGAAUGGUCAAGUCACACUAAUAUGUGAAGCAGAAGGGGAGCCUAUUCCAGAAAUCACGUGGAAAAGAGCAGUGGAUGGCAUCACUUUUUCCGAAGGCGAUAAGAGCCCAGAUGGACGUAUCGAAGUCAGAGGGCAGCACAGAAGCUCAUCACUGCAUAUUAAAGAUGUGAAGUUGUCAGAUUCAGGGAGAUAUGACUGUGAAGCUGCAAGUAGAAUCGGAGGGCACCAGAAAAGCAUGUACCUUGAUAUUGAAUAUGCUCCCAAGUUCAUAUCAAACCAAACAAUUUAUUACUCUUGGGAAGGAAAUCCAAUCAAUAUAAGCUGUGAUGUGAAAUCUAAUCCACCAGCAUCAGUCCAUUGGAGAAGAGAGAAAUUAGUCUUGCCAGCUAAAAACACCACUAAUUUAAAGACAUAUAGUGCAGGGAGAAAAAUAAUAUUAGAGAUUGCACCUACAUCUGACAAUGACUUUGGACGAUAUAAUUGCACAGCCACUAACCGUAUAGGAACAAGAUUUCAAGAAUAUAUUCUUGCUUUGGCUGAUGUGCCAUCCAAUCCCUAUGGAGUGAAGAUUAUAGAGCUGUCACAGACCACAGCCAAGGUUUCUUUCAGCAAGCCGGACUCCCAUGGAGGUGUGCCUAUUAAUCACUAUCAAGUGGAUGUUAAAGAAGUGGCAUCAGAAACCUGGAAAAUAGUACGCUCCCAUGGAGUUCAAACAAUUGUUGUUUUGAGCAACCUGGAACCAAAUACAACUUACGAAAUCAGAGUUGCAGCUGUAAAUGGAAAAGGACAAGGAGACUACAGUAAAAUAGAAAUUUUCCAAACAUUACCAGUUCGUGAACCAAGUCCUCCGUCGAUACAUGGACAGCCAAGCAGUGGGAAGAGCUUUAAACUCAGUAUCACCAAACAAGAUGAUGGAGGGGCCCCUAUUUUGGAAUACAUCGUGAAAUAUAGAAGUAAAGAUAAAGAAGACCAGUGGCUAGAGAAAAAAGUGCAGGGAAAUAAAGACCACAUUAUUUUAGAGCAUCUACAGUGGACAAUGGGGUAUGAAGUUCAAAUUACAGCUGCCAAUAGAUUGGGAUAUUCAGAACCAACAGUCUAUGAGUUCAGCAUGCCACCAAAACCCAACAUUAUUAAAGAUAAAUGCUGUGAAGCGAAUAAAGGUGAAAAUGGAAGCCAGUCAUGGCAGUGGAAUGCUGCUGGGUUAUCUUUCAUUAUAGCCAUAAGUUUGUCUUGCAUGUUUUAAUGUUGCUAUAUCAUCUAUUUCCUUUUAUUCCCUGCAAAUUUACAAGGCUAAUCUAAAAUUAUAAUAAAAUAUUUUCUAAGGUCCAACUAAUUAUGCACCUAUCCUUACCCAUGAAUAGUUAGCCUUUUCUCCCUUCCCCAAAUUGUUGACCUUUAAAGUAUUUGUCAGAAAAUCACAGAAGGAAACUGAACCAGGAUUGUUUCUUCCAAAUAUUAGCUCACAGCGUAACUUGUUUCAUUCUAAUUUUUUCUUUAAUUUCUAAAGUUGAGCUUAUUAAAUAUCAUGUCACUUUUAUUUGGAACUCAAGCGUUUGCUAUAUAUAAUCUUUCAUUUGAUUAUUUUACAAAUAUAACUCAAUAUCCAUGGCCAUACAUUGUAUAAGUAUAAAUUUUGUUAUGUAGAAUUAUGGACCUUUUAUAUUGGUUUGGAUUGUUAUUCUUUUAAAUGUAAGUUUCCAACUUUAUAAACAUUUAUAAUAUUUCAUUGUGUUUACCAUUUAUAUAAAAUAUAAACCUGAUAACUUUUAUUAUAUUAGAUGUGUAUCCUAUUGUGCUGCCUUAUUUUCUUUUUAUUGACUUAAAAUGUCAUAAGGAAUAAAAGUGAAACGGAGUUUUUUUUCUUCAAUUUGAAAACCAAUUUUUAAAAAUCCAAACUUUUUUUUUCAUUAAGUGAAAAUAUCUUCUGAAGUUGCCCCAAAAUAAAUAAAAAUUAAGUUUGAAUAUGUUUAAAAAGUUGCACCCCGUGCACUAGAUUGGAAUUGUGUUUUGAAGUGGCAUCAAGUAUUCAUGUUCUAACAAUAUGUAUACUUAUUUAUUACUUUUUCCUGGACACCUGAGUCAAUUUCUUUGCAAGGAUCAGAGAGAGAAGUAAAUAUUUUAGCUACUACUUUCAAGAAGAGGAAACUGAGAUGAGAAGGAGGUGUUACUAGAUUCCAGCUCUCAGAGGAGAUUCCUCUGGAUUUGAGGGAGUAACAUGAAUAAUGAUUUUUGUUUUCACAUUUUCAUUCAUCACAAAAUGAGAAAAGAGUGUUUUGUGCUUUUUACUCCCAGCCACAUGCUAGCAAGUGAUUCUUACUACUCACUCAGGACAAUUAGCAGGCAAUCAGAUUUAUAUAUAUUAACAAGAGUGACUGUAGCUUACAUGGUAAAUCAAAUUAUUGGUUUCUGGGCUUUGAGAUUCAUUCAUCAAAAUCAAUUUGUUUGGUUGCAUGAAAGUAUGUUCUGUCUUUAAAAAAUACCUACAGGAGCCUAUCACGUAACGUCUAAAGAUAGACCUGCCUUCGGUAGUCUGUUUUCUGUAAUUUAUCUUUUCCAUACUCUUUGCUGUCCACUGCUGUACUUUUUUCUUCUGAGCUAGCAACAGACCUGUAGAAUGCAGAAGUGACCCGUCCACAGAUUAAACACACUUCUUUCUCCCCUGCUGAGACAAAGGGAUUUCCCAAUUCCAAUUUUUGCAGUGUGGGGACUUAACCUAUUUAUUGGGAAUGUUUGAUUUUUAAAAUUAAAAGAGCCAAUGUUCUGUUUAUUGAAGAACUAAUUAUAAUUGCAUACUACAUCCAUGAGUGCAUAUCAUAUUCCAUGAGUUUGGAUAAGACUUGUAGAUAUGUUGAUUACUAACAUGUAACAAGUGCUGGGAAAGAAAGGAGUUCCAAUAACACUUCCAUGAACAAUUUUUCCCAUUCAUUAUAACCUGACUGGAUCUCUCCAAUAAAUUGUAAAUAUUUCCAUGAGAAAGUCAUAGAAAUUAUUUUGAUUUAGUUCAUGAUUACAAAAUGCUUUUGUGAAGAACAUGUAAUAUGUCUUUAGUAAGAUAACAAAGUUGAUUUUUAUUUGAAAUUUUAUAUUCUGUAACUCAAAGUCACCAGUGAUAAGAAGAACACUCAGUCUGGUUUGCAUGAUACCUAGACUGACAUUUGGACAGUUCAGAAAAGAACCUAAAAUUGAAAUUCUCAUAUCUUAGCAGAAUGAUUUACACUUAAUGAGUGGUUCAUUUAGAUUUUUUAAACAUCUAAGUACAGAUCAAGAUAUUAAUUCUAAAAUUAAUGAGCUAUUUAUCCUUUGGCUAAACAUUUAUUCUUAGAUUAACAGUUAUUUUACAGUUCUAAGAUAUGCAUAAAGUUUAAAAAAUUCUCAGACAUAAAAUAAUCGACUCUGUGCUUUGUCUUACGUCUAUAAGAAAUAGGAAAGCACAAAACUAUAAACAAUUCAGCUAUUGCAUUUCAUAAAAUGAAACCUUAGAGAUUGUAAAUUACCUUCUUGGAUUUUUUUUAUAUCUUAAUAAUAUGUAAGUGUUGCUGAAUUAUCUUUUUUAUUACUUGAGCUUUACUCUUGUUAUAUGCAACCAUAAAGUCUAACUGACAGCACAUUUUUGUCUAAUUAAUGUCUGCUGUAGGUCUAAGUAAAUGUGACUGAUAAGCAAGACAUAAAAAUUCUCCCUAGUAUCACCCAAUAAUUCAUUUUCAUUCAGUGGAUUUUUAAAUAAAAUUCUGUGUCUGAAAUGUAUAAAUAUGACCUUGUGUGUAAGGUGAGUUUUGUUAUUCAUUGUGUAUAAUCAUAAAUAUGUACCUAUGUUUAUUGAUGUGUAUAUCUUAUCAGCCAAUGUUAAAAUCAUUUUAAAAGUUUGUUUUGACCAUAUUAUACCAGUUGUAAAGUUAGGUUGAUUUGCUUAUGCAUAAUCACCAUUAUCUGCAUGUGAAGUAUCAUGAUUAAUUUUUUUAUGUAAACCUGAAAUCUCCUUUUUUCUUCUCCAGUUUUUUGAAGUCUAUCUUCUUUUCUCCAUUUAUCCUUCAGCCUUACAUGUCUCUCUACCCCAAUUCAAACUCUAAUUAUUUAUCAUAUAGCUAUAAGGCCCAUCACACCACAUUUUAGAUAUGCUAACAGAUUAAGACUAGGAGGUAGUAGUAAAAUCUUUUUCCUAUGAAAUUUUUUCUUACAUGGAAGAACUUUAAAUUGUCAUUUUUAUUUUUCUGUCCUAAUACUAUUAUUCAUUGGGAAUAAGUAGAUUUUAUAAACUCUAUACCCAUACUCUUUCCCAAACCAUUAUGCAAGUGUACAUAUGUGCAUCAAUUACUGGUAGACAAGAACAAGGUUGAAACACUUAAAGACUUGCUUCAUUUUUCUUAAAAUUUUUUUUUCUUUUUUUUCCCUUAGCCUAAAAUAUCUCAAGUGUUUAACAAUUUUAAAUAAAUAAAUAAAUCUUAGACAUCUGAUUAACAUUAUAUAUGUCAAUUACAUAAAACAUAUAAUUGCACAAAUAAUUUUAUUGCAGAUAAUUUUGACUUUUUAAGUAUUCAGCAUUUCUUUUAAAAUUAAUAAUUAAAAUUAAAACUAUGCAUAGUAGUUCAUAGGUUAUACAAUUUGGCUUAAUUUGGAAAUCAUUAUACAACUCAAACAUUUUCUAUUUAAGAAUUCCCAUUAAUUAUAUUUAACUUAAAACUUAAAUAAGGAAAACUCCACAAUGUUUUCAAGUCUGGACAGUUGGAUUUAUGGUUAUUCAUUUAUAUUGAACAAAAUAGAAUAUGCAAGGGAGAAUUAGGCAAGGUACUUUUGGAUCUGGAUGAGUACUUUCAGAUACAUGAAAAGUAUUUUAUUUAUUCAUAUGGUAUACCUACACUAAGAAUGAAGGAAUAAAAUUUUUAGAUUACAAAUCAUUUUAGAUUACAAAUCAUUUUAGUAAUUCAAGAUGGAUAUUUACAUCACCAAUACAAUAGUUAAGUGUGUUUGGACCUAGCUUUCAAAAAUAGCUAAUAUUAUAUAUAAUAUUUUCAGUUUAUAGUAGUAGUAGUUAACUAAGAAAUAUCUCUAGUCAUGUAAAAUUAUCUGAAAAUCUCCACCCAUUUGUUUUUGCUUAUGAUAUUAGCAGCAUUAAGAGCUUUAAAUAAAUAAGCUGUUAUGACACUACCUAAAUUAAAUAUUGUCAUUUAUAUAUUUUUUAGCCCUUAUGCAUUAGGAUUUCGCUCAAUGAAUAAAGAUACAGGAUCACGAAGUUCAUACUUAAAUGUGUCAUUUUAUGUAUUUUAUUAUGGUUCAAAUCUGUGGGGCACAAUGUAAUAUCCUUUAAACCGCUUUUGAAUAAGUACAAAUUAAGUAGGCUUUCUCUUACUUGGUUUUAUACCCUUUCAUUCUUCCUUCCAAUUGUUUCUUCCUAAUAUUCUCUCCCUCCCACUCUCAUUCCCCCUAUCCUUCCUCUCUCUCUUCCUCCCUCUCAAUUUCUGGUCAUGAAUAAAUACAACGCAUUUCUUCUUUUUCUGUUAAUCUCUGUUAAAUUGUUAAAUUUCAGAAUUUGUGAUAUGUAUAUAUGUCACAAAUCCUUCCACAAGGCUAAUGCGUUGAAUGGGUAGCUUAAAUUUAUAUAUUUCAAAUGAUUAGUGAUAUGAAUAUCCUACAAAUAGCACUGAAAUAAUUUCAAUAUAAAUUGAAAUUGGUAAAAACUAUAUCUAAAUUGGCUGAUUAUGUCAUUUUUAUAAAGGAGUAUUAUUUAAUCACUAUCAACACUCGAUAGAUAAUCUUAGAAUUCAGAAAAUAUUAACAGAGUAAAUUUUAGGUCUUAACUAAAGAAAAAAAAUCUAAUAUCUAAUUAACAUAUUAUUUUCCAAAUCACCAUCUAAACUAGAGUAUUUUUCUAGAGUUAACAUUUUUAAUGUUUAAAAGUGGUAGUAUCUCUCUUUACUACAUGGUGCUUAAAAACUUGUUAUAAUACAUAAAGAUUAUAAAAGUAAGCAGCAUCUCAAUAUUUAUGUAAGGGAAUGGAUUCAGUAAGUAGAAAUCUAAUUUAAUUGUUCUGAAAUAAAGCAGAGACGGGAGCAUAAUAUCAAUUCUUUGUUUUCCAAAUACCUUUAGUUUCUUUAUCUUACCUAAGAUUAUGAACCAGAUAAACAUCUCUUAUAGUCAUCCUCCCUUCCUUCAUGGCUAUUAACUAAUUGGAAGCCUAAAAUACUUGUCCCUAAAUAUUACAGAAAGAGUGGAUUAUUCUAUAACAUCAAUUUUUAGCUACUAUUUAGCAAAAUUGAAAAAACAGAAUAUCCAAGGAAAGCACAUAUGUUCAGAAGCUCUUUUAGUAUAUCUGAGGUGAUUUGAACUGCAAAAGAUGUCCUCAUGUCUUUGUUAGUAGACUAUUAUUUGACCUACUUUUUAAAGAUAUGCUCAUUCAAGUGUAAUUAAAUUUUGUGUGAAUGAAUCUAAUGUUGGUUGUAUUAAGCCUAGAUAUAUUGCAAAGUUUCUUAAUUUGUGUAUGUUCAAAUUAAAUUCAGUUAUUCUUUAUCACUCCAUUUUAAGUAAUAGAAAUAUAGUUACAUUGCAAAUAUUGCAUAAUAUUCAGAGGUAGCAUAAUUUUAAAUUAUACCAUAUUUAUUUUAUCUAUGUACUAAAUGGGACUACAAAAUAAAUCUCCAGCAAAUCCUUUUUUUUUCCCUAAAAGCAAGCAAUUAAAAAUUACUGUUUUAAAGAACAUCCAUAAUUCAUGAAUUUUUUUCAAGAAUAUUUUUAUCUCACAUCUUACAUUGAUUUUAUGUGUAACACUUCUGUUUUAAAGUGACUAUUGCUGAUCAUUUUAAUUGCAUUUGUUUUCAUCAUAGCUUAUUUUCUUGAAAUAAAAUGUAUGUUAUAUAUGUAUUGUCCUCAGUAUCAUCUCUUAUUUAAAAUCCCUGACAUAAUAUCCAGCACUAUGUGUAAUCCUAUGCAUGAGUUUCAUAGUAUAUUAAAUGUCAUUUUAUUUUCUGUAUUUCUGUGUCUUCAUUGUUGUAAUAAAGAAAACUGAGGAAAACCUU